AUUGCCGCCUGUUGCCCGAGGCCCCUGCCCAGUUGUAGGUUGCCGCCUGUUGCCCGAGGCCCCUGCCCAGUGGUAGGUUGCCGCCUGUUGCCCGAGCCCCUGCCCAGGGGUAGAUUGCCGUCUGUUGCCCGAGGCCCCUGCCCAGUGGUAGGUUGCCGCCUAUUGCCCGAGGCCCUGCCCAGGGGUAGAUUGCCGUCUGUUGCCCGAGGCCCCUGCCCAGUGGUAGGUGGCCGCCUAUUGCCCGAGGCCCUGCCCAGGGGUAGAUUUCCGCCUGUUGCCCGAGGCCCCUGCCCAGUGGUAGGUUGCCGCCUGUUGCCGCCUGUUGCC